UUCAAAUAGGAGGGGAAAAAACAUCUUUCAUAUUAACAACUCAUUUUAGAUAAACACCAAUACAAGUUUGGUAUAUAUUGACGUACCCUCUUCCCCAACAACCAAGCUAAACAAGAAACUAUACACAAUCACAUAAAGUUGGUGCAGGCAGGCAGGCACUAAGAUUUCUCCAUUGUUGAAAAAGGCAAAAGUAAGCCCCCCACAAAAAAAAGCACAACAACACCUAUUACUUAAACCAAAGAAAGAAAGAAAGACACCUCCAUUCCAUACCACAAAAACACAACGUUCAUCCACCCACACACCAAAACCAAAAUGCUUUAGGACUAGGAAAAGAAGAUACCUAAACCUUCCCCACCAUUUUCCACUAAGAACCCACAAACACCACCGAUCCUCUCUUCCCCCUUUCCUUAAACCACUUCUUCUUCCUCCUCCUCCUCCUCUUCUUCUUCUUCAUGUUGCCAGAAUUACACAACCACCACCAUCUCCAAUGCCCAAGAAGCUAACCGCCCAGCGCCGGACCCACCCGUUGUGGUGGUGCGCGGCCCUGCUGUGCAUGAUCCUCACCGUCGCCAUCAUCUUCGGCGGGAUCGCCGUCUUCAUCGGCUACCUCGUCAUCCACCCGCGCGUCCCCAUCCUUAGCGUCAUCGACGCCCACCUCGACCUCUUCCAGUACGACUACGCUGGCACCCUGGUCACCCAGGUCAGCGUAGUCGUGAGGUCUGAGAACGACAACCUGAAAGCCCACUCGUCGUUCUCGGACCUCCAGCUCAGGCUCAUCUUCGAAGGGAUGCACAUCGCGUCCCUUCAGGCCGGGGACUACGACGUCAGGAAGAACAGCACCGUGGACUUCAACUUCGUCGUCGUGUCCAGGCCCAUCCCGCUCAGCCCGGCCCAGUCGAUGGACGUGGACGUCAUGCUGAAGCAAGACCAGGUACGGUUCGACCUCCAGGGGAACGCGCGGGCUCGGUGGCGCGUGGGGCUGCUGGGCUCGAUCCGGUUCUGGUGCCACUUGAACUGUAAGCUCAAUUUCCGACAGUCCAAUGGCUCCUAUGUGCCUUCUCCCUGCACUUCCAGAGCUAAAUGAUGUAAUCGGUAUAUUUUUACAGUGGUGGUGCUGUAAAUUUUUUUUUUUUACUUUGUGAGCUUCGUUCGGUUUAUCAGUAUAUAGGGACGCUUUUUUGGUAACUUUUUCUUCUCUUCGAACAUGAUUAUAUUAGCAAUGUUUAGGAAAGGACAUAUACAGAAUAUAUACUUCGCUUGGAAGCAAAUGAUCGAUGAUGUAGGAAAUAAAUGUUCCCUUCGCUUUUCUUCAUUAUAAUUGUUCUUUCCUUUCCUUCCUUCCUUCUUCAUUCUGUAUCUUUGAACGGACUGACCGGCUGAGUACUAUCUGUCAAGCCACUACUCUAAUCUUUCACAGCUUCAGAUAAUUGUUGAGAUUUCAAUGUAUCGAUUCGUUCGGUUAUCGUGAUACUAUUGGAUUUUUAUAAGUCGUAUAGAUGCAUAAUUUCUAUGAGACAAUAUAUGUCAAUUGUCUCUAACGGAUUCGUUUAGACCAGAAAAAUAUUGGUUGACUUGAUAAAAAGACACUAUUUAGCUAUUGAACAAUAUGAAAUGAUGUAUUUGUGGAGUUUGAGAAAAAUUGGAGAAAUAUCUUUUUAUGAAUCCUGAUGUUUUUUUAUCAAAUAACUCAUUUUGUGUAAUGAAAUAUUUAACCGAAGACAUUCAUUAUAUGAUUUCAUUACUAGUUCGUUCAAAGUUAAAACGUUACCCUAAAUUCAUCAAUACGGUACAAUUUUGUGAGUUUGGUAUAAAUCUUUAGCAUGAGUAUGCAAGAUUUAAAAUCAAAAGGAUUUGAAAUUCACUUUUUCCUUUUAGGUAGAAAUUUGAAAAUUGAAAUUGAUCACUUUGAACUUUGAAGCCAGGAUAAGUCCAUCAAUUAAAGGAGCUCUGUCUUUUCUAAUCUUUGAAUUCGUCUUUACUUUUACACUUGUCCCGCAAUAUUUUUGAGGCUGCUGACGGUUCCUUUACCCUUUAUUUUUCUUUAAUGGAUGGCUUUUUCCUGCGGCAAAAUUUUCGAAACAUAUAUUUUCUUCAGCUAUUUUCUAUUUUAUUUUUAUGAAUCUUCUUUGCUGAACCACGUUUUAUUUUAUGAAUAUGUAUAAAGUGGCACUUGGAAUUGGAAAUGGAAGAUUCAGGGAUCAACCAUGAUGGCAACGUGGCAUCCGUCGAUUGGCAGGGCGGGCUCUGUUUGCGAGCAGAGUAGCGCCGUGUAAUGUAAAUGGACGGCCAUGAUCUUCCCGAAGCCGUAAUAUUAACAUGCAUGGCAUAGGUUCCCCACCUCCUUUCGCCUUCCACGAAAAGUAUGCUUUCCUCAAGCGAAAAGUAAUUACUUUUGCAAAAGAGCUAAUCAACAAAAGCGUCCACUAAUCAUCAUCACAGCUAAGUAACUAAACAUACGUGAAUCUUCUGUAUACUGCUAUGAGAUCGGGUAAUUCAAAGUUUAAGAACGUUGUUAAACUAGCUAUAUGCCAAUUGAUUUAAUUAAUGCAGUCUCCAUACUGAAAUCUCGUGCAGACAACUGUAUUCGGAUGGAGGAAAACAAAUAUCGAGCAGAAUUGUCGGAACACCUAAUCAUUCUAUAAAAACAAAGUGAAUGU